AAUCUUUUCUUCUCAGGCGCCGUUUCAUUUCCCUCUUCAGACAAUUAUCAGAAUAAAUAUAAUAGUAAUAAUAAUAAUUAAAAAAAAGUACGAGUUGAAGUUCGCGCUGUUUCUUCGAUUCCUCCGCCCAAAACUCCGCUCCUCGAUCGAUGAUGAUGGGAUUUAGGGCUUUUGGUUUGGGUCUUGUUUGAUAAAUGCUUAUUAGAGGAGUGACGAUAUGGAUCUAGCUUCUGGUCUGCACCAAUCUCGUGUUUCGAGUUACGGAACUUUCUCCAGUUCUAGGGUUUCGAAUUCGAGAAUUAGGUUCAGAGCGCAAAGUUUGAAUUUUGCUGGAGCUUCUAGGGCUUUUAGCAAAUCUUGUGCGUUAAAAAGGAGGAAUUGGAAUGGGAAUGGGAAAGUUAGUAGCUUGUUCCCCUUGAGUAGAAAUUUGUGCAAGUUCAAAAGAAGAUGUCAAUCGAAUGACUCAUUAGCAUUUAUUGAUGGUAGCAACCAAAAUUUGGAGUUAAGUGACAUGGAUUCGGGAGAGACUGAGAGUUCUACAAACUCUGAUGUGGAAUCAAAUGGUUCGAUUGAAGACGAGAAGGAAGAUGCAUAUAAAUUGGAAGAUCUUAGAGAAUUGCUUCAAAAGGCUUGUAAAGAAUUGGACAUUGCGAGAGUUAAUAGUACGAUGUUUGAGGAGAAAGCUCAGAGGAUUUCGGAGUCUGCCAUUGCAUUGAAGGAUGAGGCUGAAAAUGCUUGGAAAGAUGUAACUGAUACUGUUUCAAACAUUCAAGAGAUUCUCGGUGAAGAGACUAUAGCCAAGGAAGCGGUACAAAGGGCUACAAUGGCUCUUUCAAUGGGUGAAGCUAGAUUACAGUUGGCAAAAGAGGUGAUAGAAUCAAGCAAAGGGGUACCAGAAACGGAAGAGUCCAUGCAAACUGAUGGCGAGAAUGAAAUUUUUUCUGCAGUGGAGGAGAUUAAUGAGUGUAAGGUAAGCUUGGAAAAGUUUGAGGCAGAGUUGAGAAGAAUACAGGAUAAGAAAGUGGAAUUGCAGAAGGAAGUGGAUAGAUUGAGUGAGAUUGCUGAGAAAGCACAGUUGGCUGCUAUUAAGGCUGAGGAAGAUGUGGCCAAUAUAAUGCUUUUAGCAGAACAGGCAGUGGCUUAUGAGUUAGAGGCUACACAGCGUGUUAAUGAUGCUGAGCUUGCACUGCAAAAGGCCGAGAAGGCUGUCUUGUCUUUUGGUGCUGUGGAGCAACAAUUACCAUCUUCAGAAGAACAGAAAACUGAAGAGUCUACUGCCGAAUAUGAGGUGAGCUUUGGAGAUGAUGAUGAUGUUACAAUUGGAAAGAACGGAGAGGUUGAAGUGGGCAUAGUUGAGCAAAAUGUUGAAGAAGCCAAGUUGUCUGAUGACAUGCAUGAUCAGGAGAAUGGAAAGUUGGGCUCUGAUAAAGAUGACGUUGAAGUGGACAAGUCAAAGACUGUGAUUCAGCAAAAGAAGCAGGACAUACAGCAAAAAGAACCUCAGGCUGCUCCCAAAGCAUUGUUGAAAUCAUCUCGAUUUUUCUCUGCCUCAUUCUUCUCCUUCAAUGUAGAUGGGGAAGAGUUCACUCCAGCCACAGUUUUCAAUGGGUUCGUUGCUUCGGCAAGGAAGCAAGUCCCCAAACUAGUUUUUGGAGCCGUACUUCUAGGGAUGGGGGCUGUUUUGCUUAAUAACCGAGCAGAAAAGAAUUCUCAGCUACUUCAACAACCUGAUAUGAUUCCUAGCAUUGAAGAAGUUACUUCAACUGCAAAGCCUGUGGUUCGAGAAAUAAGGAAGAUUCCAAGAAGAUUGAAGAAACUCAUUGCACUUUUACCCCAUCAAGAGAUAAAUGAAGAGGAAGCCUCCCUCUUUGAUAUGCUCUGGUUACUAUUAGCUAGUGUAAUAUUCGUACCAUUAUUCCAGAAGAUACCUGGAGGGAGUCCUGUACUUGGUUAUCUUGCUGCUGGGAUUCUUAUUGGUCCUUAUGGGCUGUCUAUCAUACGCCAUGUUCAUGGGACAAAGGCUAUAGCUGAAUUUGGAGUUGUGUUUUUACUGUUCAAUAUUGGUCUCGAGCUUUCUGUGGAAAGGCUAAGUUCAAUGAAGAAGUAUGUUUUCGGGUUAGGAUCUGCUCAGGUUCUGGUGACUGCAGUAUCUGUUGGCUUUGUCUGUCAUCUUAUUGCUGGUCUACCAGGUCCUGCAGCAAUUGUCAUUGGUAAUGGUCUGGCCCUAUCCUCUACAGCUGUUGUCUUGCAGGUGCUCCAAGAGAGAGGGGAGAGCACAUCACGCCAUGGUCGUGCUACCUUUUCAGUUUUGCUCUUUCAGGACUUGGCUGUGGUGGUUUUGCUGAUACUGAUUCCUCUUAUUUCACCAAACUCUUCCAAAGGAGGGCUGGGAUUUCAAGCAAUAGCAGAAGCUCUGGGAUUGGCUGCUGUAAAAGCUAUUGUAGCUAUCACUGCCAUAAUUGCUGGAGGAAGAUUGUUACUUCGGCCAAUCUAUAGGCAAAUCGCUGAAAACCAGAAUGCAGAAAUAUUUUCUGCCAACACCCUCCUUGUCAUUCUGGGAACUAGUCUUCUUACCGCACGGGCUGGGCUUUCUAUGGCAUUGGGAGCUUUUUUGGCUGGUCUUCUUCUAGCAGAAACAGAAUUUUCCUUACAGGUUGAGUCAGAUAUUGCCCCCUAUCGUGGCCUUUUGCUAGGUCUUUUUUUCAUGACGGUUGGAAUGUCUAUUGAUCCGAAGCUUCUUCUUUCCAACUUUCCUGUUAUUAUGGCAUCAUUGAGUCUCUUGAUUGGUGGAAAGGCUAUACUGGUUGCUUUAGUUGGUAGAAUUUUUGGUGUUUCCAGUAUAGCUGCUAUUCGAGUUGGUCUCCUUCUUGCACCUGGUGGAGAAUUUGCUUUUGUAGCUUUCGGAGAAGCUGUGAACCAGGGUAUAAUGUCUCCUCAACUUUCAUCUUUAUUAUUUUUGGUGGUUGGUAUUUCUAUGGCUCUUACACCAUGGCUAGCGGCUGGAGGUCAGUUGCUUGCCUCUAGAUUUGAGCAGCAUGAUGUUCGAAGUUUGUUGCCAGUAGAAAGCGAGACUGAUGACUUGCAAGAUCAUAUCAUUAUUUGUGGAUUUGGACGAGUUGGACAGAUCAUAGCACAACUGCUUUCUGAACGGUUAAUUCCAUUUGUCGCUCUUGAUGUCAGAAGUGAUCGUGUAGCGGUUGGGCGUGCACUUGACCUCCCUGUGUAUUUUGGGGAUGCCGGGAGCCGAGAGGUCCUCCAUAAAAUUGGUGCAGAGAGAGCCUGUGCUGCUGCAAUUACUUUAGAUACUCCCGGAGCGAACUAUAGAACAGUUUGGGCACUGAGCAAGUACUUUCCCAAUGUUAAGACAUUUGUCCGCGCCCAUGAUGUAGAUCAUGGAAUUAAUCUGGAGAAGGCAGGUGCUACUGCGGUUGUUCCAGAGACUCUAGAACCAAGUCUUCAGUUAGCAGCUGCUGUUCUUGCGCAGGCUAAGUUGCCGAUGUCAGAGAUUGCGGCAACAAUCAAUGAAUUCAGAUCCCGUCACCUCUCGGAGCUUACGGAGCUAUGUCAGACUAGCGGAAGCUCCUUGGGGUAUGGAUAUUCUCGGAUUAUGUCAAAGCCAAAACCAUCACUAUCAGAUGAUGAGAACGAUGUCGUUGAAGGAACGUUGGCUAUAUAGCCAUAUACUGGAUUUAGGACACAACAAAAAAUUUUAGUAACUGUACAGCUGAUGAAUUUAAUUCGGCGUUGGAAAUUGUAUAGGAAAAAAAUAGGACAUGGUGUUUGUACAUUUUGUUUAUUUAGUUGAUUUUGCUCAUUUUUCUUCCAAAUUUUGUCAAGUCAAACUAUCAAAGCUUGUAGCCAGUUGCAUUUUUAAAUCGUCAUACAUCCUUAAUGUUAAAAAUGAAGUUUUGCUCAA